ACCCGAUACGUUAUCAAAACAGUCAGAUAUAAUACAGGGAUACAGGAUUCUAAAAUCAUGGCGUCGGCUACUUUUAUUGCCGCUGUGUUCGUCUUCAUUUCUACGUCUGUGGUGACCGAUGGUCAAAAACCAUGUUGCUCCCCUGACAAGUGGACGGCACAUCUUCUCCAAAAAACAGGGGCGUAUAACUCUGUCACGACUGUGGCCUCCAAACGAGACGUCAGUAGCCUCAUUUACUAUGAUCACACUGUGAAAAAAAUGGCCAUCUUCUCUGAAAUCAAGAACACGACCUUCAACUCGACCACUUACUUACAACGAAUCAUGGAUUUUAAUAAGGGUCUAGAGUGGAGGAUUGACGGGAAGAACUGUACACGUCACGUGACCACGGAGCCUAUGCCUCAGCCGUGUUUCCUGGGUAUGUGA